UGCUCGCUUUCGAUGAAUGGUUGCCAAGGAGACCACCCUCAGCUCCCUUUAGGAACGGUCGAAACACGUUCAUUUCCGGCAGUUCGAUCACCGUCAUUGGCCGUGGAGGCACUCAGCUCCGCCCUUUCUCAGUUGGAAGCAAACCCUCCUCCCUACACCUCUGGCAUUAUUCGUCUCCAAGUACCGAUCCAGCUGCAGAUUGAAGCAAUUGACUGGCUAUAUGCUCAAAAUAAACUCCUUCCUCGCUGUUACUUCUCCAAUAGAGCUGAAGCCGGCAAGCUUUCCAUUGCUUACGCCAAUGGGAAUGGUAAUGGCCAUACUCCAAAGAAGCAUAACAAGUUGGUCGGUGUUGCUGGUGUGGGAUCUGCAGUCUUCUUCCAGGAUCUUCAUCCAUUCUCAUACAGGCAUUGGAAGUCCUUAAAGAGGUUCCUGUCUACAGAAUGUCCUCUAAUUCGGGCAUAUGGGGCAAUCCGGUUUGAUGCUAGAGCCAAUAUAUCAUCUGAAUGGGAGGCAUUUGGUUACUUCUAUUUUAUGGUCCCUCAGGUUGAGUUGGAUGAGCUUGAAAAUAGUUCAAUACUAGCAACAACUAUUGCAUGGGACAACUCCCUUUCAUGGACUUUAGGAAAUGCAAUUGAUGAACUUAAAACCACGAUACAUCAGAUAUGUUCCAUUAUUUUAAAGCCACAAAACAAAAUUCCUUCAAUGCUAAUGUUAAGCAAUAGUCACAUCCCAAGUAAGACAUAUUGGGAUCUUGCUGUUAAUAGAGCUUUGCAGAAAAUAAGAAGUGAUUCAGCACUUAUUAAGGUUGUACUUGCACGUAGCAGCACAGUAAUAUCAGCUAUUGAUAUUGAUCCUAUUGCAUGGUUAGCUUGCUUACAGGUUGAAGGUAAAAAUGCUUAUCAGUUUUGUCUCCAGCCACCUGGUGCACCAGCUUUUAUUGGAAACACGCCAGAGCAACUGUUUCACAGAACAUGGCUUGACAUUAAUAGUGAAGCUCUGGCUGGAACCCGUGCCAGAGGUAAAUCGCUGUCUGAAGAUCUUCAAAUAGAACUUGACCUACUUUCCAGUCCAAAGGACCACCUUGAGUUUACUAUAGUACGAGAAAGCAUUAGAAAAAAGCUAGAGGACGUAUGCAAUAGUGUAGUAGUUGAACCAAAGAAAGAAAUCCGAAAACUCCCUCGAGUCCAACAUUUAUAUGCCAAAUUGUCUGGUAGGUUAGAAAGUGAAGAUGAUGAGUUUGAAAUACUUUCUUCUCUUCACCCAAGUCCAGCCGUUUGUGGAUUUCCAACAGAGGAGGCACGAGUUCUUAUUGCAGAAACUGAAGUAUUCGACCGAGGAAUGUAUGCUGGUCCAGUUGGUUGGUUUGGAGGAGGAGAGAGUGAGUUUGCUGUUGGCAUUAGGUCAGCCUUAGUGGAAGAGGGUCUCGGUGCAUUGAUCUAUGCUGGAACAGGAGUUGUGGAAGGAAGCAAUGCAUCAUCAGAAUGGGAUGAACUGGAACUCAAAAUUUCUCAGUUCACCAAGUCACUUAAACUUGAAGUGCCUUAGAGAUCAAAAGCUGAUAUUGCAGACGUAUCUACCUGAAAAGCUCCGCAGUUGAUGUGGAAAUUAAACUCGAAAUUCUUUCUUGGCCAUGAUUGAAAAAUAAAGAAUGGAAUUAAG